AGAGUGAGAGUGAGAGACGACUGUUGCUCUCGCAUCGAGCAACACCGUACACACGUUUGACGUUUCACUGGCGAUGUGACAGAAUAAUAUCAACAGAUUGUUGUUCCAAACCAACCGACAUGAAUCACUGCGACUUGGUCGCACAGACAAAAUAUAAACAAAAUCAUAAGAUUCGUCGCGAUGGACACAGCAAAUUCAUCGAAAAUUUGCCGAAUUUGCUGUAAUCAACGACUAGACGAUCUUGUGUAUCUGCUUAAUGCGGACAACAAAACGAUUGUUAAGAAAUUACGAGCAUGUGCCGAUAUAACCAUCGAACACGAUGACCUGUUACCCAAAUACAUUUGCAAGAAAUGCGUGCAAAAACUCGAUUGUGCGUACAAUUUCAAAAUCCAGUGCGAAUACAUGGAUCAAAAAUUACGAGAAACCAUUGCAAGUAUGUUGCAAAAACAGAUCAACCUACCAUUGAGCUGUCAAACUGAAGCGUUACCCAGCUAUGAAGGAAGUGAUGAAGACAGUAGCUACGCAUAUGAUUUAGAGCAAAACAUCAUGGACGAUGUCAUUGAAGAAGAGUGUAUCGAAGAGGAGCAAUCGAUGGAAGACAUAGCAUACUAUGAGCACGGCGCUGAAACGGAUCAAGUUCAAGAUGCUGCCCAGUUACAAGUGCAACCCAGUUUCCAAUUUGAUGCGCUAAAGAAUGAUAUGGAUUCGAAUGUGAUGGAAAUCAGUCAGAAAAUUGCCGAACUCGAAAAAUUCGACAGUCUCGGCUCGUUGCCCAGUGCCAAGGAUCCGGUGGAAGAUUGCGUUGAUCAGGAAAUGUUUAGCGUAAAAUCAGAAAAUGAAUCAUCGCCGAAAGCUAAACAACCAUUUAAAUGUGAAACUUGCGAAGCAACAUUUUCCAUCCAUUCCGAAUACAAUAAGCACACAAAAACGCACGGCAAAAAUCGAUUCCAGUGUUUGGUUUGCAAUAAAUGGUUCGCUAAGCGAUAUCUACUGAAUGCACAUCAGAAAACACACACCGGCGCCAAGAAUUACGAAUGCUUACAGUGUCAAAAGCGAUACACAAGCCAAAGCAACUUGGAUCGACACAUUCGCGUUUUUCAUCAUCAAGAACGACUAUACAAAUGCAGCACGUGUCUUAAGACAUUCUCACAAUUGUCGAUACUGAAAUUACAUCAGUCCGUUCACAUGGCCGAACGUAAAUUCUCCUGUGAUAUUUGCGACAAUAAAUUCAAAACCGAAGUCCAUCUGAAGUUGCACAAAAAACGACACAUGCCAACCGAUUAUCGACGGCCACGACGCAAGUACACACCACCCAAAAAGAUAUACAAACCAACACCGAAAUUGUGCGUGUGCAAUGAAUGCGGCAAACGAUUCACGAGCCUAGCGCUGCUUCGGAGUCAUAUGCAGAGUCAUUCGUUGGAGAAAAAAUACGAGUGUACCUACUGCAAAAAACGAUUCUCAUUCCAACAAACACUACGAAACCAUGUUUUUCUGCACACUGGCGAGAAGCGCUUCAAAUGUGAUAUUUGUCACAUUUCAUUUCGGCAAAUUGGUCAUCUUCAAGGUCACAAGUUGAUUCAUUCUGGUCAGAAACCACAUACAUGUUCGGUUUGCAAUAAGGCCUUUGCACUUCGUGGCAAUUUAACUGUGCACAUGCGAACACAUGCCGGUGCAACUCCAUAUCAAUGUAUCAUAUGCCCGAAGAAGUUCAGCGACAGCAAUGGAUUGAGACGACAUCACAUGGUGCAUCAGCGAAAGAACGAAACGACCGCAGCAAUUGAACAGAUUCUCAUGGCACCAACCAUCGAAGCUGCACAAACUGAACCAACGACGAUCAUGCAGCAGUCAGUCUUCGAAAAUGCCAUCAUGCAACAGCCGAUCUUUGCUAGUGCAUCGGACUUCAAUGUGGUCAACCCAGAAAUAAUACAGUUUAUCACAUCGCCCGAUAUUGCUGGCGAUAACUCACAAAUUAUCUUCAAGACUCAGUAGACUAAGUCGUCAUCUUUUUUGUACCAAUUUUUACAUGUCAUACAAAAUAUUUUUACAUGUAUGCAUGAAUACAAAGCGAUAUUUUGAUAUACUGUUUUCUAUUGAAUUAAAAAAAUAUAUUUUGGUUAAACUUAUUUCACAUGAAUAGUGAUUGAAUGAACACAAAAAAAAACAAAAAAAUUGUACAACUGUUAAAAUCUCAUCUGAUGUAUAUUGGAAUAAAAGUCUGAUGUUUUUUUUUUAGUUUAAA